AUCAGCUUUGGUUGUUGUUCUAAGCAGUGCCUCCUUCCUGCGUAAUGUUGGUGGCAGAAUAUUAGUUAAGACUGGUAACCAUUGUGUCAGUGUGCUUUUUACUGUUCCACUAACUAUUCUCAUUGUGAUGUUGAGUUGUGUGUCUAUUUUUUUCGUAUGUGUGGAGGAGAUGAUGGUAGCCUGCUCGUGGCCUUCCCUGCAUUUACUAGUAUUCUUUAACGCUAACAAGCAUAAACAAUAUACUAGUAUAACUAAUACCAUCAAUUAGGUGCUGAUACCCAGCAAUACAAAUCAACACUAACAAUUUCAGAAGCUAAGUAGGCAACAUAGGUACAAAAUUGAACGUUAGCAAUAGAAUUUAAACAAAUACAUUUUUCGGUGUUGGGUAGGCAACUUAUUAAACUAAUAGCAGUACAAUUACAGGUGUUGAAUAGGCAACAAUGUUUACAAAUUUGGGAAGCAUUGGGCCUUCUUAUCAGAUAUUGCUAACGGAACGUACGUAAAUAUUUGUAUUCAAAUACUACUAUACAUAUUACUCAUUAGCUUCUUGGUCAUUGGUCUCUAUGCGUAUAAUCACGGUUAGAUAUAUUCAAGAUGUAAGUUUACUUUAAACCUUUAAUGAUAUAAUAAUAAAAUGCAACUGAGGUGUAUUAGUAACAAUUAAACAUUAUUGACGUUUAUUUUAUAUUAUACUGUAUUAAUCAGAGUGUAAAUUGUGUUUUAUUUAUAAAAAUUUAUCUUAUCUUUUAUAAAUCAUUUAAUGGAUCAGAAUAUGUUGAAUUUUUGGAAAAACUAUGAAAAUGUAAUCAAUUGGGGUUACAGUAUUGUAGGAGUAAGAAAAAACACAAGUAGUGAAUCAACUUCAUCAUUAGAAACGGUAGUAUAGUUUAAAUUAUGACACAAUAUGUAUAUUAAUGAUAUUACUAAUAAUUAAUAGGUAAUACAGAAGUAUUUUAAGUUAAUUGUGUAUACAUAGGUAAUUUUUAAAUACAUAUUAUUUAUUAUAUUUUUGAAGAGUUUCAAUACUAAUACAAAUGUUAUCGAAGAAAAAUAUGAAGAAGAUGCCUAUUCUUCAGAUGGUAGUGAUGAUAUUGAUUUAAAUUAUUUGGAAUUUUUUCAAAAAACAUUAGAACAUCAAGAAAAAAUUGGUAAGUAUAUAGGUAUUCUAUUACCUAUUAGAAUGAAUAUUUAAUGUACUUGGCUAAAUAAGUAUUUAUAGUAUAUUAGAACACUAGUGUUUUUUUUUUUUUUACAAAUGUAUCUUGAUGCACUUAAUGUAAACAUUUUUGGAAAAAUUGCACUUUUUUUUUUUGAAAGUUACCUAUAUCAAAAAAAUGGUCAAAGGAAUGACUAUCGAGUCUAUAUGCACCUAAAAUGCAUUUGUAUUUUCCAUGUUGCCUAUCUGUUGAAGUUUUGCAUAAGAGUUCAAGGGUUUUUUAAUUUAAAAUAUUAUGAAAAAGUGCCCUCGCCGGAAAAUUAAUUUAUCUUCAAAUGGCUAUAACUUCUAAAAAUAGUUCUUUUUGCACCAUCAUUUUAACAUUAAAAUUCCGGUCUUCAGAAAAAAAAAUGGUUUGGGAUAUUUUGAAGUUCUUUGAUAUGACGUAUAACUUUAAAAAUAAUAAAGGUGGACAUACUUCCCACAAUGGGUGGGUAACUGUUGUAGUUGAGAAGUUCGGAAGGUAGGAUUAUAGAGGGAAAUUUAAUGUACAUCUUUACACAACAAUUAUUCUUUGCUAACCAAAAGCAAUUCUGAGUAAAGUUCUUUGAAUAUGUUUCUACAUGUUUUGAAUGGCCAUAAUAUUUACGAUCUUCGUCAAAAUUUGAUACUAAAAUUCUUACGACGAAAAAUUAAAAAAAAUUGUUUAACUACAAAGUACAACUUAUAAUGAAUUUCUUAUUAAAUGUUCAAGUAUUUCUGUUGGUCUAACAGUUUUAUCCAUAGAGUACCUACAGAAUAAAAACUCAAAAAAUUUAAAUAUCUAUAAAUAGCUCAAAAUGGCUAAAAUGUUUUAAAUUUUUACCACUUCUAAAAAGGGUAAAUAUAAGUUUUCUGCCCAAAUUUCUAGCCUCUACAAAUAUUUUUAACUGGGUCAAAAUAAAACAUUUCAUACAUUUUUCUAGUGUUUCAUAGUUAUUAUGAAAAUCGAUUAGAAAAUUAAAAAAAAUAACCUCCCUAAUAUAUCACCCAAAUAAAAUUUCCUUUCAGAAAAAGUAUUGCACUUAAAAAUUGGAGCUAGAUUUCUAGAAGAAAAGUUGUUCACAAAUAAAAAAUAAAAAUAUAUACCAUUGUAAAACCAAUAAAUUAUUUGAAUCUAAAAGGAAUUCAAUUUUUACAACAUUUUUGAAUUAAGUGCAUUAAAAUACAUACUUGAAAAAAAAAAAUCUAAAAAUGAGUAUUGGAUGUUAAUAUGUUAUGUGUUAAAAGUCAUUUAUUCCUUCUUUUUUUAGUUAUUUACUGGUCUAAUUAUUUUGAAAUAUUAUUAUGUUAAUGUGUAAUGAGCAAAUAUUAUUUAUUUAUUUAGAAAAAGAAAAAAGAAAAGUGGACAAGGAAUAUGGGUUUUGCAACUCAUCCAGUUCAGAAAAUGGUACUAAAACAAAUGAUUUUUAUAAAAAUUAAUUUAAACCUAAAUAUUUCAAUUUUUAUGUAAUUUUGGAUGAAAAUUAUUAGUUAAUGAUAAUUUAAAUGGUGUACAUUUUAUAGUAAUUUUUAUGUUUUCUCAUCCAAAAUUACAUAUUAUCUAUUAUUUAUAUUUUAUUGAAAAUUAAUAAAAUAAUUUAAAUCCAAGUACCAAUUUUCUUUGGUUCAAAUUAAUGCUAUAGAUUUUUAUAUGUUUUAAUCUAUGUAUUUAAAAACAUAUUAUGUUUAUAGAGUCUGUCCUAACUGUUUCCUUGGAAGAAAUUAAACCUACAGAAUUAUAUGGUUCAAAUGCAGAUGAAAUAGUGGGUCUUGAAAGUAAUCUAUUAUCUGAAUUCACUACAUUUAAUCUAUUGAAAAAACCAACAAUAUGGCCAUGUAUUGCAUUAAACUUAGUAGCACCAGGUAACUUUAAUAAUAAUUUAUUAAAAUUGCAUAUGUUAUAUUAUAUAUAUGUAUAAAUUAAUUUAUAGUUUUAUACAAAUGUUGUGUGAUAAUACAUACUUGAACUAUUUGAAAGUAUUUUUUUUUUAAAUUUUACUUUAUAAAUAUUAGGUGCCUAGUAGCAUAGAUCUUAUAAUAGAAAUAUAAAAUAUUACAAAAUUAAUAGUAAUAGGUAAUUAUGAAAAGUUGGCUAAUUAUAUUAUAUUUUAAAUAUUUGAAUCCUCUAAAAACUUCUUUCAGUUAAUUUUAAAUUCCAAGUGGAGCGAGGAAUGUAUCAGUUUUACAAUGUUUAUUUUUUUUUCUUUGAAUAAAAACCUACCAUACAUUUUGCUCCGAUUUACAAUAAUUCCUUUUUUUAAAAGAAAAUCUGGGUAAGCACUUUAUGGAGGUCAUCUUUUGAUUUUCUUAGAAGUUUUCCUAAUAAAUGAGAAAAACAUGGGAAACCAUUGGUGGGGAGAGGAUAGGUACAAUAUUAGACAAGUAUUUUUUCAUUACCAAUGGUUACUCAUCGCAUACAGAUAUAUAUUCGAUUUUCUGUCUACUACUUUCCCAACACUACAACAAUGAUAGCACCCAGUCCCAUUAUCCUAGGACAGAUUUUUACACAUGAUAUUAUUUAAUUUAUUUUUAUUUGUUUACUACUGUUAAUUAAUCUAUAAUAUGCUUUCAUAAUUUUCAUUAUAACUUAAUUAUAUAUUUAUUAUAACCUUAAUUUUGUUUUCUAUUAUCAAAUACAUCAAAAUAUUCACAUUUUUUACACCUAAUUAUGAUAUCAAAAUUGGAAGUUUUUAAAUAUGUUGAAAUACUAUAUAAUAUAUGCAAAGAUGACUUAAAUAAAAGCUUUUGUAAUGAAUGCAUACACUUACAGAGUCAUAUUAAAUCCCUUAAAAAUAAAUUUCUUAAAAAACUAAGUGUAAUGAUAUGAUUCAAAGGUUUACAGAUAAUCUAUCCAUAUGGUGCCAUAAUUUUUUUGUAUAUACCAACAAUACAUAUUUUUCAGAAAUAUUUUCAAUCUUAAGAAGGACAAAAAAUGUUUCUUUAGUGUUGUUAAGGGUCCUUUUUUAUACAAAUCUGUUCAAUUGGGAGGUCCUUUGGUAUAAAAAGUAAUUUGUUCAAACUGGUUUCUACGAGAAAGUAAUCCAUUCUCUUCCUUGUUUUUUGAAAAAGUAACUUAUUUCUUAAUUUAGUUUACUUUAAAACUUUAUACAAUUAUUUUAUUACACAUCCUUAACUGAUUUUUUAAUGUAAUUUAUUAGUUCUGUACAAUAAUUUGUUGUUCUUUUUCUGUAAUGUAGCAAUUUAAUCUGUAGUAUAUAGUGUUAGUAGUCAAUAAUCCAAAAACAUUUCUUUCUCACUUUUCAAAAAAUCUAAUAUAUUUACCAAGUGUUCUAUUACAUCACAGUAUUCUCAAAGAAAAGUCAUUUCCUGAGAUACAAAUGAUAAUAUUUUACAAUUGUCCUAAACUUUUUUGAUACUAUAGUUGCUUUUUUGAAAUUCUUGAUAUGGCGAAGCACAUAUAUACUUAUGGUUUUCAACCUGUACUGUUGUGACCUUGUGGCUCCCAGGGGUACCAUGGUUUAGUAUUAAGGGAGCUGUGUCUAUAGUAAAUAUAGUAGAAUAAUACAGUCUAUUUAUUUUCAUUUUUAUUGUUAUCAUUAGGGAGCUGCUAAUUUGGCUUUCAAUAUCAGAAAAACUGUGGAUCCAAAAAGGUUGAAAACCACCAAUAUAUAUAAUACCAUCCUGUAUGGUUUGGUGUUUUAAAAAAAACUCUGAAGACACAUUGUAUCAUGCAACUAAAGUUGACUGAUUUUGUUUGCUCCACACUGCAGAACAUUUGGAUUAAUUUUCAUUAUCUACAUCAUGAUUUGAUAUAAUAUUUAAAUCUUCUUCCUCUAUAUUUGUGUUCAUUAAUUAAAAUAGAUAUAUUGUUAGAAUGUAAAACAUUUUUUUUUUUCCAGAUGUGUUAAAAGAUAUUUUUGAUCAAAACAAAUAAAUUACAAUAUUAGAGGUCUAAUCCCUUAAAAAAAUAUAGUACUAAUUCACAUUCCUAUUUCUUUAAAAAUUAAUGGAAUCAAUUACUUCGAUAGUUCCUAUAAAAUUAAUUCAAUUUCUAAAAGACUGAUUCUUUCAACAACACUGUUUAUAUUAAAUCAGUAACAAAUAUUGAUCAGCUAAAUAUUUUAGCAGCAUUAAACAUUGAAAAUAAUCUAACUUUUAGCAUCAAUCACAAUAAUAUAAUAAAAGAAUUUUCCAGGAACAAUCCAGAGACAAAAUUGAAAUUUAUUAAUAGCCAUUUAUUCUUUUUACUUUCCAAUUAAAUUUUAUUUUUAUAAGGUGGUAUUUUUUUGGUUGCCCUUGGAUGGAUAAUUUUUAAAUACAGCUAAGGUAGUAAAAACUACAAUUUAUAUUAAUAAAAUUAUAAAUGUGGAUACAUAAAAAGAUGUAAACCAAAUCUAUGAUCGUUCAUUUGUGUUUAUUUUAAUUUUAAAAUAUAGAUGCUAUCUAUGAAAUAGUAAUAUACAAUUGAUAAAUCAAAUGAUUAACCUUAGAUCAUAUUUAUUAAAUUCAGUAUUUUUAAUUAUUUUGUUUAAUGUCUGCAAUGCAAUUUUGUGUUUCUUUUAGUUACUUGUAAGGAAAUAAUAAUAUAUUAUUGUAUCAUUGAUCCUGAAUUUCAUGUUUUGUCAAAACCUGUAUCUAUCCUUAUUGUUUUAGAGCCAGAACUGCAUUUGAACCUAAAUAUAGGUACUGAACCAUCCAUUGUCAAGUGAAGUGUAUCAAGAAAAUAAAACUUGGAUCAUCUGGCACAUUAAAGCAACAAUGUGUAAUCAUUUUUCUUUUUACUGUUAAUUAAUUUUUUAUUUAAAAUACUACAUUGUAAGCACCUACUUUUAAAAACCAAUGCCUUUUGUUUAACGGUUAACAAUGAAUUAUUUAUUAUAAUCAUGAACCAGGAACACUUGAUAUCUUUAUUAUGAAUCUUAAUUUAUUUCAAAAGUAAAAAAAAAAAUACAAUUUUAUAAUUUUGUGUAUGUAAUAAAUAUAACCCACUUACUUUUCCAAAGUACACACAAUCUAAUAAAUUAUUAUUAUUUCAACAGCAACAAUUAAUCAGUAUAGACACAAACCUGAAUUAUUUUUAAAAUAAUUAAAUUAAAUUAUUUACAUAAAUGAACUCUUAAUAAAUACAAUCCAUUAUUUAAACCAAACAAAAAUUCUAAAUUAUGUAGACUUCAUUUUGACCCAGGUUUUUAUGAAAUUUUAUCUACUUGUGUUUUUAACACAAAACAUUUGAACGAAAAUGAUAUACCAAGUAAAGGUAUUUAUUAUCAAAAUAAAUUUCAAUUAAAUGUUCUUUGUAUUUCCAGUUGUCUUGUGUGUAUUGGAAAUGGCAUAGGUAACAUUAAUAUUAUACAAUUUACAUAAGUCAUAAAGAAAAAUGUGUAUAAUUAAUAUGUAUUAUGAAGUAUAUGAUACAUCUAUACAGGAUUAGGAUUACUUUAUAAAAACAGCUUAAGAAUUAUGUAUUUAAUAAAAAAGUUACACAACACCCUUAUUUCAGCUUCUUACUGUUUAUUACCAAUACAAAGAAAACUUCAAAGUAUCCUCACUGACAACUCAUUAUGGCCAAGUGAUAACAUAUUUCUUACUGUAACCUAUAAAAACGUAUUACAGACUUUUAAAAUAACAUAAUACAGUUACUAAUUGCCUAUUAAAGACAUUUCAAUAGUGUAUAGCAGCCCUUUAACAGUUUAUUGUCAGCCCUUCUAGUACUAUUUAACAGUUUCACAAAAUAACUUAAACUAUAUCUUGUGUUGAGUCAUUAAAUUAUUUAACUUAUUCUGAUUAUUCACUUACCCUAUUUGACCUUACCAGAUUUACCUAGCUCAUUUUUUAUCACAACUUUCUGGAAAAUUUCCAAUAAAAUACCAAUAUUAUUAUCUAGCCAAUAUAGAUAACAGAUUAUGUCAUUGCAGAUUCAAACUGUUCCAUAAAAGGAACAUAUUUAUAUUCUAAGAGUAACAAAGAAUGUAUCCGUUUUACAAUGUUAAUUUUUUUACAAAAAUAUUUACCAAAAAUCUUGCUUCAAUAUUAAGUGUGUCACAAUUUUUGAUAAGCAAUUUUCAUAAUUCUUGGGAAAACCCAGAAUAAAACAGAAAAAUGUAAGAAAAUAAUAUUUUUAUUAUUUUUAAUUAAGUUAAAUAAUCAUAGACAUGAAAUUUGGACAAAAACUUAUACUUGUCUUUUCUAGAUAUGGUAAAAUUUUUAAAACAUUUCAACCAUUUUUGAGCUAUUUAAAAAAAUUUUAAUUUUUUGUUGAAAUUCAAAUAAAAAUAUUCCUAUUAACAUUAUGGACUUUUACAGACCUAAUUCAUACAAAAGGCAUAACAUUGUUGUAGGUGAUAAAUUGGGAAGGUAGGGUAGAAAAGGGGAUUCAAUUUAUAUCUUUAAGCAAUGUUUAAUCAUUGCUAAUCAAAAGCGAUUCUGAGACAAGCAUACUAUUAAGUAUUGCUUUUUCAACAAUAUAUAUAUGGCAUAUUAUAGUAAAAUAAAUAUAUAUUGAAACAAUUUGUGUAGCCCAGUAACUAGAUUUGUACCAUAUAAUUUGUUACUAAAAUGAUUUUUGUUAAAAUUUUGUAAUAAUUAUAGAAAAAAUAUAUUAUAUUAAAUUCAAUUUUUUUCGUUUUAACCAUAAAGUACAACUUAUAAUAAACCUCCUGUUCAAUUUUCAAGAAUUUUUAUUUAGUCUAAUAAUUUUAUCCACCUUGUAUUUACUAAAUAAAAUUGUCUGUAAAAAGAUCAAAUGUUUUAACAGUUUUACCACAUCAAAAAAAGCUAAACAUUAAUAUUCUGUUCAAAUUUCAAGUAUCAACAAAUAUUUUUAACUGAAUUAAAGAGCAUUAGUUUCGUAAAUUUGGUCCUUUUUUUCCAAUAUUUUAUUCCUAUGUUCAUUAGUUUAUGAAAACCCCUUAAAAAUCGAAAAUUGACUAACAUAAGUACCAUAUAGACAAUAUUCCCUUUCAGAAAAACUGCUACACUUACAUAUCAAAGUAAGAUCUUUGGUAGAAAUAUUUGUCACAGUAUAAAAAUAAAUAAAAAGAAACAUCAAUGUAAAAUCAAUACACUUACAAAUUUACAAUUAUAAUAUAAGUACUAUUAAAUUGAUGCUAUUUUUUACUAAUAUAAUAUGAAUUAUACUUAUGAAAAUGCUAUGGCAUGCAAUUGUAAACAAUUUUCCAAAUGUGCAAAACAAAUUGUGCAUACCAACAUAUUAGGCUAGGAUUCAAAUUUGUUUUAUACCUAGUUACUUUUUAAUGUAAUAAAUAAACCAUGUGACUAGUAGGCUAUGUGUUAGUUAAGUAUAAUAAAAGAAAAAUAGUUUUCAAGUAAUAAA